AUGGGCUCCAUAGUGCUCAAGUCGCUGUCGGUGCUGCUCGGCAUAUUCUUCGUGUUCGUCGGCACGAUGAAGCUCACCUCCCACAUAAGCAAGGACUUGCACAAAGAUCUGAGAAAGGAAUACGUCAAGUACGCCAAAGUCUUUCCGCUGUCGAGCACGCUGGACUUCAAGGUGCCGAGCAAGUGGUAUCGCCGAGUCGUCGGCGCGCUCGAAGUCAUGUGCGGCCUCGCCAUGGCCAUCGUACCUAGUCAUAAAAUAAAAAACGUCAGCAACGGAAUUCUGGUGCUGCUCAUGAUGAUGGCCGUCUACUCGCACUACAUGGUCAACGACAAAUUCGAGAGGAUCGCCCCGGCACUGGUAUUUUUCUUCAUGCUGACGGGUCGCCUCGUAAUAGACUGGCAGCUGAGAAGGAAAGCCGAGCUCACGGCGACCGCGAACGGAGUCGAUGACAAAACGAAGAAGCAAGACUGAACGACGACGACGACGAUAUCGCUCUCGUUAUGCUUUUGUUCUCUUCGUCGCGUCGAAGCAAACGUUCAACGAACAUUAUAUAUUACAUAUAUAAUUAAAAAUAUAUAUAAACGACGGGAGGGCGAGGAUAUGCCUCCGUCGGCGUAUACUCGAUUGUUUAAGUUUUUUGCACCUUGGAAUAUAAGAAUCUAGUCGGACGAUUGUAACGAUAAAUAUAUAUAUAUUUAUAUUUAUUAUAUACAUUUGAUUGUUUGUAUUAAACAGUGCCGGAUUUUGCCGGGGGGCACGAGUGUUUUGAUGCGUGCGAGUGCGUGUGUGUAUCGACUGUUGUUCGGUGUUUUACACGACGACGACGAAACAAAUUUAAUAUACGAUGCGCGGCGACAAAUUAUUUUACAGUGAGAGAGAGAGAGGCUUUUUAUAGACGCGCGCCCGGUGUCGAGCGAAAUUCGAGAAAUCGAAACGAGAUAUUGUACAACACACACACACACUCGCACACAAACACACGAGAUGUCUUCUGUAAUAAUAUAGUCAUCGAGUCGCGUUGAUGAUAUUAAUACGAUUAUUGUAAUGCUCGCGAUCGCGCGAGAAACUCGUAAUUAGUCAAUUAUCGCUUGUUUUUAUGUUUUAGGAUGAUUGAUGUACAUUUGUGUUAUUUUAAAAAUUAUGUCGUGCGCUUGCGAGAAUGUGCGAAUGCGUGUGUAAGAUUUAUUAUUUUUUUUUUGUUUGGUCAUUAACUCGCGGAAUGCGAGAGAAAUGUCGCUAAAUGAUUUUGCGUGUGUGUUUACAAUCGAUGCUUCCAAAUUUAGACGGAUUGGCAAACGAUGGACUAUGCGCCGUGUACGCGCCAGUCUUCUUUUCGGGCCAAUUUCGAGCGUGGUGUUGUAUAGCGCGUGGUGGCCUUUUUCGAGCGAGGCUCGUCGACGACGUAUAUGCGCCGCGUUGCACCAAAUACGCGUGCCACGCGCGAAAUACAAUGUCUUCUUGUUGCCGAUUUUGUAAGCGGUUUUUAAUGUCGGAUAUUGUGUGCGAAAACAAAGCAGAGAGAUACAGUCGCAACUGCACGAGUUCUGAUCUGUUUUUUUUUUUUUUUAUAUAUAUAACACUGAGGACGUGUGCAUAGACACAAUGUCACGUUGCUCAAUUGGAGAGAAGGCUAUAUUUAUAAUUAUUAUACAUAGCGAAGAUAAAAAAAAUCAUUUUUACAAUACACGAGUCAAAAGUGUAAACUUAGAGGCAAUUGCACGCACAUGCGUCUAGAAUAUUAGCAUAGAUUAUAUUCAUUACGAAGAGCACAAUCGAAAAUGUAAUCGCGUAGCUGUGUUACACAUUCUGGAUUAUACGAGAGGAUGCGAGACGUCGAAUUUUGUAAAACAAUUUGUAAUUCAAUUUUUAUGUCAAAUCAAACACGAGUGAAAAAUCAAGAGUUAAUUUGUGUCAAAGUACGAGAAAAUUUAAUCUCGUUCAAUGUGGCUCGACGUUGUAUCGACAUUUUUUCAAUCAAGCAAUGAUA